AUGCGGAUCGUGGAGGUUAUUAUCGAUGGCUUUAAAUCCUACGCUGUGCGCACGGUGAUAUCAGGAUGGGAUGAAUCGUUCAACUCGAUCACAGGUCUCAAUGGUAGUGGGAAGUCUAACAUCCUCGACGCAAUAUGCUUCGUCCUUGGGAUCACGAACAUGAGCACCGUCCGUGCACAAAACCUUCAAGACCUAAUCUACAAACGUGGCCAAGCAGGCGUAACGAAAGCGAGCGUGACAAUCGUUUUCGACAAUCGUGAUAAAACCAAGUCGCCGAUUGGUUUCGAGGAGUAUGCUAGUAUAUCGGUGACUCGGCAGAUCGUGUUAGGCGGGACCAGCAAAUAUUUGAUCAAUGGUCAUAGGGCGCAGCAGCAGACAGUCCAGAAUUUAUUCCAAAGCGUGCAGCUCAAUAUCAAUAAUCCAAACUUUUUGAUUAUGCAAGGACGAAUAACGAAGGUGUUGAAUAUGAAACCCGUGGAAAUUUUGUCCAUGAUCGAAGAGGCAGCUGGCACCAGGAUGUUUGAGGAUCGAAAGGAAAAAGCAGGGAAGACAAUGGCCAAGAAAGAGAUGAAAGUGCGUGAAAUUGAAGGCCUGCUGCAGGAGGAGGUUGAACCCAAGCUGGAGAAACUUAGGGGAGAGAAGAGAGCUUUUCUUGAUUUCCAACAAACACAGAGCGAUUUAGAACGAUUGACUCGACUGGUUGUUGCGCACGAUUAUCUGAGAAACGGUGAAAGGUUACGAAUGGCGGGAGAAGAACUGGAAAACAAGAAGCGUAAGAUUGACGAGCUGGAAACUAGCACUUCCAGGAUGAAAGGCGAAAUUGCAAAUCUCGAGGAAGAUGUAAGCAAGGUCAAGGCAGCGCGGGACAAGGAGCUACGUAAAGGCGGUAAAUUUCAAGCACUAGAAGAUGAGGUGAAGAAGCACUCUCACGAGAUGGUCCGACUCUCUACGCAGUUCGAUCUGAAGAAAUCCAGCAUGGCCGAAGAAUCGCAGAAACGGGCAGAUGCAGAAAAAGCCGUUCAAGAAGUGCAAGCGCUUGUACAGGAAAAGAAAAAGGUUUAUGGCAAAUUGCAAGCUCAAUAUGAUUCUGCAAAGGCGGAAUUGGACGCACAAACCGCGGAGGUAGAGCAGAAGGAAGAACUUCUUCAGACACUGCAGACCGGUGUAGCAUCCAAGGAAGGCCAGGAAAACGGCUACCAGGGUCAAUUGCAGGAUGCACGCAACCGCGUUAGUUCAGCUGCUACAGAACAGGAGCAAUCCAAGCUGAAGAUUGCCCAUUUGGAAAAGCGUAUAAAAGAGGAAGAGCCACGGGCAAAGAAAGCGAUGGAGCAGAAUUCAGGAUUGCUCAAGGAUCUCGACAAUUUAAGAAGGCAUGCUAAAAAGCUGGAGGCGGAUCUCGCUAAGCAAGGAUUCGAGCCGGGUAAAGAAGAGCAAAUGUACCAAGAGGAAUCGAUGCUGCAGAAACAAAUACGUGAGCUUCGCGGUCAAGCUGAUUCGUUGAAGCGAAGAGUUGCUAACAUUGAUUUCACGUACGCUGACCCAUAUCCCAAUUUCGUCCGGUCCAAGGUGAAAGGCUUAGUCGCCCAGUUGUUCACAUUGAAUAAAGACAAGUCUGAGACUGGUACAGCCCUUGAAGUUUGUGCUGGUGGACGUCUAUACAACGUUGUCGUGGAUACAACGGACACAGCCACUGCGCUUUUGCAAAACGGCAAACUCCGAAAACGAGUCACCAUAAUUCCGCUAAAUAAAAUUGCCGCAUUCAGAGCAUCAGCAGAAAAGAUCGGUGCAGCGAAAAAUCUUGUCCCCGGGAAAGUCGAUCUGGCCCUAUCCUUAAUUGGAUAUGACGAAGAGGUAGCCGCCGCUAUGCAAUAUGUUUUCGGCACGACGCUUAUAUGCCAGGAUGCGGACACUGCAAAAACAGUGACAUUUGACCCCUCGGUACGCAUGAAGAGUGUGACGCUAGAGGGAGAUGUAUAUGACCCUUCAGGAACACUCUCAGGGGGCAGUUCACCAAAUUCAAGUGGCGUGCUUCUUGUCCUCCAGAAAUUAAACGAAGUCAUGUCUGAACUUAGUCAUAAAGAACGAACGCUCCGUAUUCUUCAGGAGACAAUGGCAAAAGAAAAGAGGAAAAUGGAGUCCGCUAGGGCUACAAAGCAGGAGCUUGACUUGAAACUUCAUGAAAUAAAGCUUACUGAAGAACAGAUCAAUGGAAACUCGUCGUCUUCGAUUAUCCAUGCGGUAGAAGAAAUGCGUGCAAACAUUGAGCAACUCAGAAAGGACAUCGCUGAUGCUAAGUCACGGCACGCGGAGGCAACCAAGGAUAUCAAGAGAAUUGAAAAGGACAUGUCCGAGUUCAACGACAAUAAGGACAGCAAGUUAGCAGAGUUGCAGGCGUCCUUGGAUAAUUUGAAGAAGAAACUAACCAAAAACUCCAUCUCGGUUAAGACGCUGCAAAAAGAGCUUCAAGGGGCACAGAUUGACUCUGAACAAGCAGGCAGUGACUUGACAACUGCGGAAGAGCAACUAGCGGAGGCAGACGCCGCUUUAAAAGCUCAAAUGCAGGAAGUAGAAGAAAUAAAACGGGAACAGAAGCGAUGCAAGGAAGCUCAUGACUAUGCGCAAACGCGGCUUGAGGAUGAACAAGCGAAACUAACACGAUUUGAUGACGAACUCCAUGACCUCGAAGAAGCAAAGCGAUCCAAGGCGGCUAGAAUCACGGAAGACGGACUAGAGUUGCAGAAACUAGGCCACCAGCUUGAAAAGCUCCAAAAGGACCAACACCAUGCGGCUCAGUCGGUAGGCGGCAUGGAGAAUGAAUACGAUUGGAUCAAGGAGGAGAAAGAGAAUUUCGGGCGUCCCAACACCCCUUACGACUUCAAGGGACAAAACAUUGCUGAGUGCAAGGCAUCUCUGCGCAAUCUGACUGAACGCUUCCAGGGAAUGAAGAAAAAGAUUAACCCCAAAGUCAUGAAUAUGAUCGACAGCGUAGAAAAGAAGGAGGCUUCGCUGAAGAACAUGAUGCGUACAGUUAUACGAGAUAAGAGGAAAAUUGAGGAGACGAUUAUCACUCUCGAUGAAUAUAAAAAAGAGGCGCUGCAGAAGACCUGGACUAAAGUAAAUGCCGACUUUGGUCAGAUAUUCGCAGAACUUCUUCCCGGAAGUUUCGCAAAACUGGAUCCGCCUGAAGGGAAGGAGAUAACUGACGGGUUGGAAGUGAAAGUCAGCUUAGGAAAAGUGUGGAAGCAAAGCUUGACAGAGCUCAGUGGAGGUCAACGGUCGCUUAUUGCAAUCUCCCUCAUCAUGGCUUUGCUCCAAUUCAAGCCAGCACCCAUGUACAUCCUGGAUGAGGUUGAUGCAGCCCUUGACCUGUCCCACACUCAGAAUAUUGGGCGUUUGAUCAAAACUCGAUUCAAAGGGUCCCAGUUCAUUGUUGUUAGUUUAAAAGAUGGGAUGUUCCAGAAUGCAAAUAGGAUCUUCAGAACGAGGUUCAGUGAAGGCACAAGUGUGGUUCAAGCAUUAACACCCGCAGAUUUGAAGUGA